AUGCUUUCAGCCCAAAAGCCUCUCAUGACCUUGUGGUUAGAUGGGAGACAGUUUUCUGGGUUGGUCGACACUGGUGCUGACAUAACUAUCAUUAAGGGAGAGGAUUGGCCUCGGGCGUGGCCGUUAAAGGAUACCCUCACCCAUCUCAAGGGUAUAGGUCAGAGUCAAAAUCCUAAACAAAGUGCCAAAGAUCUGACCUGGAGGGGCCAAGAUGAUAAUCAAGACACCAUUCAACCUUAUAUCAUCUCAGGAUUACCCAUUAAUCUAUGGGGGAGAGACCUAUUAUCACAAAUGGGGAUGAUUAUUUCUAGCCCUAAUAAAAUUGUCACUAUGCAGAUGUUUAAAAAUGGGUACAUUCCAGGAACAGGGCUGGAAAAACACCCUACUAGCCUUACUCACCCCAUUGAGCCCGUCCCUCGACCCCCUCGAACAGGGUUAGGCCAUUUUCCAUAG